GAGGAGCCGCUCAGGGUUCUCCCGUUAGAGUGUAAUGGACGUGACCGGGAGAGGGCGGCAGGGAAGUCCGCCUGCCGGUGCCCGCGCUGUUCGUCCAUGUCCGCUACCCGAAAGUGGUCAGGGUCUAUAUGAAUGCCCAAUAUGCCAUCUUGCUUGUACUGAUUAUCCAGUUCUGCAAGAACAUGUUGAACUUCACCUGGAUGAAUGCAGCAUUUUAGAAGGAAGAAACUUGAAUGAUCUAGAAUUGGCACAGCAUCUUCAAAAUGAAGAGGAUAGGCAAAGAAGAACAGAAACAGCAAGACGAGAAAAAGAUGAUUUCCAAAAGCUGCAGAGACAAUAUGGUUUAGAUGGUUCUGGAGGAUACAAACAGCAAUCACUAAAAGCCAUGGCAAAAGAAGUAGCUUUUGGAAGAAUGCAACCAUCUGAAUAUCAUAGGAGAAAAGCUGAUAUGUUGGAAUCACUGGCUUUUGGCAUUGAUGAUGGAAAGACAAAGACUUCAGGAAUUACUGAAGCAUUGUGCCAGUACUAUCAGAAUGAAUGCAAAGACAUAAAGCACACAUGGCUUUCUACAGGAGUGGAUCACUUCCACUGUUCUCUUGGAGACAGAGGCUGGGGUUGUGGUUAUAGGAACUUCCAAAUGCUGUUUUCUUCUCUUUUGAGAAAUAGCUCCUAUAAAGAUUGCUUGAAGGAUAAUUCAUCAGUUCCUUGUAUUCCAAAAAUUCAAACAUCCAUUGAAGAUGCUUGGAAAGAAGGUUUUGAUCCCCAAGGAGCUUCUCAUUUCAACAGCAGAUUACAAGGAACUAAAGCAUGGAUAGGAGCAUGUGAAAUUUAUUCCCUUUUAACUUCUCUCAGGCUAAAGUAAGUGUUAACUAUCCAAGGAAGUCUUCAUUCUGAGCCAACACUAAUUCAUACUAGCAGUUUUAUAUGUGAUUUUAUAUGUGCUUCACAAAAUUCAGGUCCUAACUGGUCCUUUAUAGAAUGUUUCCAUUAAAUGUGUUUAAUGAAACUAUGUCAGAAUUAAGACUCACGUGGCCAGAAAAGUAGCUGCCUGGAAACCUUUACUUCAUCAUUUUUCUCCUUUUCUUUAAUUAAAAAUACUUUUGCUCUAUCCUUGUAAUCCUCAGGAGUUUUGCAAAUAUACAAUGGGGCAAAAAAGUAUUUAG